CGAAGAAUCAAACCGGAAGUGAAAUGAAACCGGAUGUGUGAAAUCAAGCGGAAGUUACGUCAUAAAAUGCCAGAUUUACUUCCGGUGUAAAAACAUGGAGUGUUCACCUUUGCAUAUUGGUGAAGGCACAGAAGAGAAGCAGGCUCUGCUCUUAUUGAACAAUGGGUCUUCUUUAGGACCACUGGAGAAUUUCCUACUUAAAAACUGGAAAAAAUUUGCUUUUAGAGUGUGUGCUGAUGGUGGCUCCAACUCAUUGCAUGAUACACUAACUGAAGAACAUAGAGUAAAUUUUAUUCCAAACGUUAUUAUUGGAGAUAUGGAUUCAAUACGACCUGAUGUAAAAGAUUAUUAUGAAUCAAAAAAAUCAGAGAUCAUAAGGAAACAUGAUCAAGACAGUACUGACUUUAGCAAAGCAUUAACUUACCUGUCAACAGAAAAGCCAGAGUGUGCUACAGUGUAUGUUCUAAACAGAAUGUGGGGAAGAUUUGAUCAAAUGCUUGGGAAUGUACACGAGCUUUACAAAGCAGCUGCUAAUCAAAGAGUAUACCUUGUAACUGAAGACUCAGUUUUAAUGCUAUUGAAUCCCGGUACUAAUAUUAUUCAUUUGAAAAGAGAAUUGGUGGAAGGCCAUUGUGGCAUAAUACCAUUAGGAGAAUCAUGUGAUCAAUGUUGGACCACUGGACUGGAAUGGAAUCUUGAUGGUGAAGAAAUGAAGAUAGGAGGAUUGAUCAGUACAUGUAAUUUGCUAAAAUCAGAUCUUGUGCCACAUCCACAAGACUACACUGUGACUAUUAAAUGCACUCAUAAAGUUGUAUUCUCUUUUUCACACAAACUAUGUAAUGUAUAACUAUAAUACAAAUUGAUACACUAAAACUAGUAAAAACAUUUCAACAGUUA